ACAUAGCUAACUGUUCAAAGAACUCUUCAUAAAUCGCAUUACCUAUCACACAGGCUGUAAAUACCUAAUAUCCUCCCCUAUAUAAAGCAUGGCAUGAAGACAAACCCCUUUCAGUCAGCCCCGAAUCGCGCAACAAGUCACAAUGAACCAACCUAUUCGCUCCAAAACUUGCGCGAAAACAUACAAAACCGCUGAAUUAAAAGUAUUGAAGAUUCUCAACAAAAUUGAUAGUUUGAAAUUAAGUAAUUCGUAUAUUUCGCGUCUUGAUAUCCCGAGAAGUAAUGAAAAGAAAGGGUUUGGCGGGAGUUCUGCGCGAUGUACUUUUUUGACUGCGGGUUUGAUUUUUGUGCUAAUGAUUAGUGGACGAUGGGCUUACACCGAACUUCUUGGUAGUCGGAGCUGCAUCUUGGAACUGCCUUCAUUCUCCAAGUCAGUAUUUCGUCCACCAGAAGAUUGUUCCAUGUGCGUGGGCGUUGAUGACGUAGUGCGACUGGCAAACACAACCGCCGAGGAGUUUGAAGACAAGUACGCUUACAGCACGACUCCGGUCAUUGUUACUGAUGCUACUGAUGGAUGGAAGGCGUUAAAGGAAUUCGACUUCAAUUUCUUCGCCACCUUCUACAGCCGAGGCAAAAUGGGGAAGCAAAUCAACGAUUGCUUCUACUUCGCAUACAAGUCAGGAUUAAAUUCUCUUCAAGAAGUCUUCACUAUGGACGAGGCGCGAGCCAACCUGUCGGGCCAGCCCUGGUACGUGGGCUGGAGCACAUGUUAUGAUGACGAGACGAGAAGGCUCAGGAGUUACUAUAAUAGGCCGUAUUUUCUGCCUAAAACCGCGGAGAGCGAUAUGGUUGAUUGGAUCUUUAUGGGCGGACCGGGGCAAGGCGCUCACAUGCACGUGGACUCAGUGCGUCACAUGUCGUGGCAGGCGCAGGUGCGCGGACGCAAGCAGUGGGAGCUGGCGCCGCCGCCCGAGUGCCUCUACACGUGUCGCUGGAUAUCCUUCACUGUAGCGCCGGGGGAGAUACUGGUGGUGGACACGAAUCGCUGGUAUCACAAGACCAACGUUUUACCCGGAGACAUCAGCAUCACCAUUGGCGCCGAGUACGAUUGAAUAUCGACACCAGCAUUAUCUACCAUUCAAGAAAUAAAAUAUUUUACUUUAAAUGUUAGUUAAGUUGCAAAAUAAAACCAAUGAUAUAAUGCUACUAAAACCUUUAAUCAUCACCGUAAAACUAUAUGCUAGGACACUCGGCGAAGUGCUAAGUUAAUAACAUUCAAUAGACUGGAAUGACGGUUACAUUACAGAGAGCGUCUGACACAAACAUUAUACACAAACGGAUCUACACUUACACAAAACGGAUAUCUGAAACUGCAGCUACAUAUCCUUAAUCACAAAUAAAUUAUUAUACUUAAACUUUGAAUAAAAAAA